CUUCAGUCGUUUCUCUCUUUCUCACCGUUUCCUUGUUUGGCUUACUCUGCCUUCCAAUUCUAAAAACUUCAACUUCACACAACAAAAACCUCAGCAUGUCUUCCUACAACGGCGGCGGCGGCGGUGGCGGCGGCUACCAGCGUGAUUCUUACCGCUCCCGCGGCGGCGGUGGUGGCUACGGUAAUGGCGGCGGCUACAGCGGUGGUGGUGGUGGCUACGGAGGUGGUGGUGGUGGCUAUGGCGGCGGUGGCUAUGGCGGUGGUGGUUACGGUGGUGGCCGUGGAGGCGCUGGUGGUGGUGACAGAAUGUCCAACCUCGGCGCUGGCUUGAAGAAGCAAGAAUGGGACAUGGACUCCCUUCCCAAGUUCGAGAAGUCCUUCUACAAGGAGCACCCCGAUGUUGCUGCUCGCUCCCAGCGCGAAGUCGACGAGUUCCGCAAGAGCAAGGAGAUGGCUGUCCAGGGCAAGAACGUCCCUCGCCCCGUUGAGACCUUCGACGAGGCUGGCUUCCCUCAGUACGUCCUGAGCGAGGUCAAGGCUCAGGGCUUCGAUCGCCCCACCGCCAUUCAGUCUCAGGGUUGGCCUAUGGCCCUCUCUGGUCGUGAUGUUGUCGGUAUUGCCGAGACUGGUUCCGGAAAGACCCUGACCUAUUGUCUGCCCGCUAUCGUCCACAUCAACGCCCAGCCUCUGCUCGCCCCUGGUGACGGACCCAUUGUCCUCAUCCUUGCCCCCACCCGUGAGUUGGCGGUUCAGAUCCAGGCCGAAAUCUCCAAGUUCGGCAAGUCCUCCCGUAUUCGCAACACCUGUGUCUACGGUGGUGUGCCCAAGGGCCCUCAGAUCCGCGACCUUAGCCGUGGUGUUGAGGUCUGCAUUGCCACUCCCGGUCGUCUGAUUGACAUGCUCGAGGCUGGCCGCACCAACCUUCGUCGUGUCACUUAUCUCGUUCUGGACGAGGCGGAUCGCAUGCUGGACAUGGGUUUCGAGCCUCAGAUCCGCAAGAUCAUCUCUCAGAUUCGCCCUGACCGUCAGACUUGCAUGUGGUCCGCCACUUGGCCCAAGGAGGUCCGUCAGCUUGCAUCUGACUUCCUCAACGACUACAUCCAGGUCAACAUCGGUUCCAUGGACCUCUCUGCCAACCACCGUAUCACUCAGAUCGUCGAGGUUGUUUCCGAGUUUGAGAAGCGUGACCGCAUGAUCAAGCACCUUGAGACGAUCAUGGAGAACCGCGGCAACAAGUGCUUGAUCUUCACUGGUACCAAGCGCAUCGCUGACGAGAUCACCCGCUUCCUCCGCCAGGACGGAUGGCCCGCCCUCUCCAUUCACGGUGACAAGCAACAGCAAGAAAGAGAUUGGGUUUUGAACGAAUUCAAGACGGGCAAGAGCCCAAUCAUGGUGGCUACCGACGUGGCUUCCCGUGGUAUUGGUAUGAUGAUAUUGCAAACUCCCCCCCUCCCCCUCCCCUCCCCUUCCUUUGUCGCCUACAAGGCACCACCCGAUUGAGGUUGUGUGACAAUGGCACGGUGCUCGACUCUCUUCCACCCUAAGUUGGUGUUUAAAUGACUCGUCCAGGCUAUGUCGGGUCUCCUGAAAUGGUUCUCAAGCCAGGAGAACCUUGGACUCACAGU